UCAGGAGAGAGGGAUGGUUUUAUCUUCUUCUUCUCCUUCUUCUUCUGCUGCUGCUGCUUCUGUUGUCUGACUUGAUAGAACAAGCAGCAGAAAAGUGGAAGAGGAAAAUAAAGUUUAGGCAUUCAAUUGAAGCCUCUUUCUUGUUCCCUAAGUGUUUUCUGUCAGGAAACCUUUUUUUUACAAUCUCUGGAAACUUACUUAAAAGGGAUUGGAUGUAAACGAGUAUUAUGAUUUCCAGAAGAACAUUGGAGUUAGAGUUGAAGGGAACAAGGAAUUUGCAAAAUUGAACUUGUGUGAAUAUGAAGGCUACCAUUGUGCCCAAGUGCUCUCAAUAGCCUAGAAGCCCUCUGUUUCAGAAGGUUUUCACUUGAUUGAAAUCGAACAAACAGAACUCACUAUAGAAAAUGGACAACUUGCCAAAUCUUUAUGUAAGGGAGCUUGAAAACUCUCGGUACUCUGAAACAUCGGCACUUGCUAACCUGAUCUACGAUGGCUAUGCUUCUUCUGGUGCAAAUUCAGAUGCAUUUGCGGUCGGAAACAUCAAACCGCAUGUUAACACCGUCGAGCUUCCUAUACCACAGGGCUCUACUAUGGGGAAUACUAAUAUGAUCUCCUUCCAUGUUAGUAAGCAUGAGCAUAAUCCUUGUAAGGAUGGAAAAUGUCAAGAAUUGUUUGUGCAAACAGAUGGUGAGGAGGAUUUUCUCCAUAGUCGACAGUUAGACAUGAUAAUUGGGCAGAACUUGUCCUUGCAGCAACCAGAUGUUGCAACCGUAUCGAGUCAAGGAUUGUCACUUAGCCUUGGCACGCGAUUUCCGCUUCUUCCUCUCCUUCAUCACUAUGACCCUACUUGUUCAAGUAGCUCUUGCUUAGAGCCUCAUCGAAGAACUUCGGGCAAUGAUGGGCCUUGCAGGGAUGAAAACUAUCAAAAUGAAACUUUAAAUGCUACUAGCUCCAAGUACAAUCCUCCGAAUCUCGGUUGCGUAAUAGCAACUUCUAAGUAUCGGAAUGUAGCACAAGAAUUGCUCCAAGAAGUCGUUAGUGCCCAGAGGACUAUGAAGCCAAAAUCAGAGAAGAGUCAAAGCCUUCAAACUAGAACAAUUGGGAGUAAGGAAUUCAAUGCAGGAUCAAAAGACAAAGGAAUGUCGUCGGAUCCUUCAGAUUCAGCCGUCGUCGAUUCAUCUACUGAACUCUCACCCUCCGAGAGGCAGGAUCUUCAGAACAAAGUGACCAGGUUAUUAUCAAUAUUGCAUGAGGUCGAUACACGAUAUAAGGAGUAUUUCAACCAGAUGCAGACGGUCGUGUCAUCCUUCGACGUAUUAGCCGGUCCUGGUGCUGCAAAACCUUACACCACAGUUGCCCUUCAGACUAUUUCUAGUCAUUUUCGAUGUCUGAGGGAUGCAAUCAGUAGUCAGAUUCAAAUGGCUAAGAGAAGUCUCGGGGAGCAAGACAAUUCAGGCGGCAAGAGCAGUGGAAUGUCUCGCCUACAGUACAUCGAUCAGCAAUUAAGGCAACAGAAGGCCUUGCAGCAGUUUGGUUUGAUGCAACAGCAUCCUUGGAGGACACAAAGAGGGUUGCCUGAUUCUUCAGUUUCGAUACUCCGUGCUUGGCUUUUCGAGCAUUUCCUUCACCCUUACCCCAGCAAUACCGAAAAGCUAAUGCUUGCGCGGCAAACAGGUUUGUCAAGGGGUCAGAUUUCCAAUUGGUUCAUAAAUGCGCGCGUCCGCCUUUGGAAGCCAAUGGUUGAGGGCAUGUACAAGGAGGAGAUUGGCGACACCGAGAUCAACUCAAACUCUUCCUCAGAAAACCUGCACAAAGGUCAGGAUGAUGUUCAAUCCUCAGAAAACCCGCACCGAGAUUUACAAAACAACGGUUUAACGAACUCAUCGACUUCCAAUAUGAACUCGACAAUCGACGCAACAAAGGCUGGUCCAGCUUAUCAACCUGAGGCUGCUGCUGAAAACAAUUGUGUGAACCUCAAGACCGAGACAAUGAGAGAUGACUCUAGCUUUCUAAGAGAUGCGCUUCUCCACAAUGACGAUGCGAGUGGCAGGUUUGUGGCCUACCAGAUGGAGGAAUUGAGUAGCUACGACACCGGCAACCAGGUGUCUUUGACACUGGGACUACAGAACUGCAACAACCAUCCAAGCUUCGUCGGAGCGCAAGGCCAGGAUAUUUGUAAUGUAGCUGCUCCAAUCGCCGGCGUUGCUAACACAACGCAAUACGAUUACUCGAGCAUCAGAGAUCGGCAGCAGCAAUUUAGUUCCCCGCAUCUGCUUCGUGAUUUUGUGGCUUGCAAAGUUCGAUAUACAUGAAUUGGGUGUAAACUGAUGAUAAACUGCAAGUUAGGCAUUGUUUCUAAUUGCAUAGGACAUAGAAUCAUAGCAUGAUAUGAUACAAUGUAAAAAAGAAGAUACGGAGUGAUUUGUGAUGAACAUUGAGGUGUAAA